ACGACUACUGAAGAAAAGAAAGCAGAGAAAGAGAGAGGUUGGAAAGAAGAAAAACUAAAAGAUAGAAAAUAUUAUUCUCUUUUAGCCAUCGUGGUUUUUGUUUUUUGUUUUCUCUCUUAGAAAUCAAAACUAACCAGAUCGUCUUCCUUUCCGAAAGCUUUAGUAUAUUUUUUAGUGAGAAGGUUUCUUUUGUUUAGAUCGAUCACUGCUGCUCAAAAACCACUUGACUUGGGUUUUUUUGCUGUCUUUUGGCGCAAUCGGACUGUCUAAAUUUAGUCUGGUUCGAUAAAACCCCUUGUGUUUGUUUGUUUGUACGGUCUCUUAGUGUAUCCAAAACUAGUCUUUGUCUGUGGCUAGAUUACGAGGGAACAGGUUUGAGCUCAGAUUCAAAUGAUGUCCGGUGAUGGCUAUUCACUUAUACCUUCUGCCAUGGAAGGGUUCGAUCAUCAAUUGAACCCAGCAAACCCUAGCCAGAAAUCCAAUCCUGUGGUCAAGAAGAAGCGGAAUCUACCAGGAACGCCAGAUCCAGAUGCCGAGGUUAUUGCCUUAUCUCCCACCACACUUAUGGCAACGAACAGAUUCAUCUGCGAGAUAUGCAACAAGGGUUUCCAAAGGGACCAGAACUUACAGCUUCAUCGAAGAGGUCACAAUCUUCCAUGGAAGCUUAGGCAAAGAACGAACAAGGAUGUGAUCAAGAAGAAGGUCUACAUUUGCCCCGAGAAGACCUGCGUCCACCACGAUCCUUCGAGAGCUCUUGGGGACCUUACCGGAAUCAAGAAGCAUUUCAGCCGGAAACACGGCGAGAAGAAGUGGAAGUGCGAGAAGUGUUCGAAGAAAUACGCAGUCCAAUCGGAUUGGAAAGCUCACUCCAAGACCUGCGGGACUAGGGAGUAUAAGUGCGACUGUGGAACUCUAUUUUCCAGGAAAGAUAGCUUCAUCACGCAUAGAGCAUUUUGUGAUGCCCUAACUGAAGAGAGUGCUAGGCUCACUUCAGCUGCAGCAGCUGCUACAAAUCUCAACUUCGGAAAUGAUCCUACAGUAAACAACACCAUGAUUAAUUCUCAAGCUGUUCAAGAUGUUUCUCAAAUCUCUGAUUUCGACAAGCCCAGCAGAUUAUCGUUUUGGCUGAAUCAGCAGCCAAACAAUCUCAAUGUGAUGGACAUGGCAGUUGCAAAUCCUAAUAAUCUGUAUGAAAUGGUGCACAUGGGAUCUGCCACUAGUCUAUUUGGCUCAAAUUCUAUGUCCAAUUUCGGUGCCUCUACUUCAACAAGUUCUGCGAAUCUCUCCUUAUCAUCACCGAUAGGAAUAAAAGAUCAAGAACGCAGAAAUAUUAAAGCCAACAUUAUAAGCAAGCCGCCAGCAGCGCCCAUGUCCGCCACAGCGCUGCUGCAGAAAGCGGCCCAGUUGGGCUCUACUCGAAGCAGCAACCAACCGCUUUCGGGCAGCAGCGUAGGUGUAAUGACCUCGCCUUCUUCCUCAAACACAAUGAGCUUCAACAGCAGGUCAAAUGAGCUUAACCAACUUUUUCAAUCGAGCACUACUACUUCAUCGAAUCUGGUUAGCUCGUUAAGUUGUUCAUCGAAUAGUCUCGAACAGGUAAUGAAAUUCGGUGGCGCAAAUUCGAAUGCGAUUGAUCAUCAGAAUAGUCUAACUAGAGACUUUUUGGGCGUGGGAGAUCGUCAAAUUCAUAAUAGGCAGUUCUUGCCACAUGAGCUAGCCAAGUUUGGUUCGAUGAGUUCAGCUGCUAUGGGACUGAGUCCAUUCACUGGCAAUCACUGAAGUCCUUAUCAGAAAUCAACUAAACUGAGUCCGGGGUCGAUGAGUUGGGACCGAGUUGAAUCAAACCUGAUCGGUCAGCUAGCAAGGGACCGCAAACUGAACGAUCAAUAAGAGAGCAGGGUAGCGCUGCAGCCUGAGAAAAGUGGUCACAUACUCCGCAGAGGGGCUGGGCUGGUCAGGUGGGGGCCCUCCGGUGCAUGUCUGAAGUGACAGAACAAAGAGCGAACUCCGAGUCAUGAUGAUGUGUAAAUUAUUUGGACCGUUUUGGUUGCUGUGUACGUUGUUUUAUGUUGUGUAUGUUUAGCCUGCUGUUGUUUUAUGCAUGAUUUCUGUUUUCCUUGUUUUC